AUGGAUGCACACUUUACAACUGACGACCAUAAAUACAUGAUGCUUCUAGCAUGGAAGAAGGAGAAGAGUGGAUUGGCAAAGAAAAAAUGGAAGAUUCUUGUUGCCCAUGCACGAGUGGUCACAAGAAAGAAGAAGCAGAAGGCUGUUGAGAGGGCAUCAAAGAAGGCACACAUCACAGAGACACUCAAUGCUACACAGAUUGUCUUUGAUUCGGUCGUUAUUGAAAAAAUGAACAUUCGAAUGCUUGAUGCACAACUUGACAAGCUGAAGGCUCUCAGUGUCCCAGACAUCAAGCCAAAGUCUCAGUGCAUGGUGUACAGGCUGUCAAACUCCAAUCUCUCAUGGCAGGCACUCACAUCUUACUUCAACAUGCUGUUGCAAACUCCAGUGGAGCCAAUUUCGCCUCAAAACCCAGAGGGCACCACAGAUACCCACAGAGAUGAGCUUAUUGAGUCCUAUGGGGAGGAAGACGAUAUGGACUUUGAUGAUGAGUAG